ACCUACAGUCGAACUGUUUAGGGAUUUCUUUCACUUAAACCGUCGCACAGAGUUCACGGACGGACCCAAUACGGAAUUGGGUGGAAUGGUGGUUCAGAAAAGGAAGGAAGCUACUUUCCCUCAUCCCAAGCUCCAUAGUCACCCCAAACAGUGGAACCAGACUUGGUUUUACUGCAAAGAUACAUCUCCAACCGAUGAGAACCCCUUACCGGGUUACCGCCCUCACCGCCUUAGUAACACACAUCCUUUUCCCCAGAGGUUGACUGCCAAAGAGAGGGCCAAUUAUGCCCCUCAACUAUCAAAGCUUAGAGCCUUCAUGGCGAACGGUUUGACAGGAGUUGACUUUGCCCGUUGUUGGAUAAGCUGGAGUAUUCUGCCCUUAAGCCGGCGCUUCGGUUUGAUGUGUGAGUACACAGGGAGUUUGAAGGAUCCUCAACGACACAUUGAUAUUCAACUUACAGAUACAGAAGUUACUAAAGCUGUAAAGAAGAUGCUGAAUGAACCGGAAGCUGUGUGUGGCCAGACCGGACUACUCCCUUUCUGCACCUUCACAAACCGCCAGCUGGUGAUGAUCCGUUCUGGAAUAAGAAACCUCCGCAGGAGAAACCAACAAAACCACAAGACAAACCGGCAAAGCCAAUUCGCCCGAAGACCAGGGUUGUUAAAAAGCUGCCAAGAAAAGGACCACUGCAUCCUCCGAGCUACCUGCUGAUGACGAUGUGGGUAACCCGGAAUCAGAGGUAGAACUUGACUCUCUUGUUUCAUUUUUCGUACAUCUUAUUGACAAUGAUUAUUAUCAGGACGACGCUGAAGGCAGUCACGCUGAUGAUGUAGAGGUAAUCAUUCUCUCCUCCGAUUCAGAUCCUCUGCCAACAUCAAAAAUCCGUCGAG